ACCAGCAAGCUCAACUCUCGACACUUUUUGAAGAGGCACCACACCUACUCUCAGUUCAGGUUGUUUUGUUGAAUUUCUAUACUCGAUCUAGCUCAAAGUCACCAUGGUGACUCUAGCAGACGAACUAUUGAACGAUUUUGAGGAGUCUGGCUCUGAGGAUGAGGGCAAGGUGGCCAACACUCUGUUCCCCGAUAGUGUUGGGGAACCCGAUUUGGAUACUUCUGCGAAAGCUCGAGGCGAAGGGAUGGAGCUGGACGGAGACGAAGAGGAAGGUAAUGAUGAUGAGGCGGAUGUGGAUGUUGCCAUAGACCCAACUGGGAAAUUAGCCAAAGAAAUGGGGGAAGCUGAGGCGACCAAGGCGAAGGUCGAGAAAAUGCGACUCGGAGCCGUGAGCGAUGUACGAAGCGUGGCAAGUUUAAUGAAGACACUCCAACCGAUUCUAGAUAAAGUAUCCUAUUACCAAUCGCUUCCACCCGACAAAAGAACGACGGCUAUCGGUUCGAUCGAGGAUAAUCCAGAGUAUCAUCUACUUACUGAGGCCAACUCCCUUUCAACUUCGAUCGAUAAUGAGAUGAUUCUAGUCCACAAGUUCAUUCGGGAUCACUACUCUACUAGAUUUCCAGAGCUAGAAACUCUCAUCACAAACCCGUUAGACUACGCGAAGACCGUGGCAAUUUUACAAAAUGGCCCGCUCGACGAUAUCAAAUCCUUGUCAACCUCAACGGAUAAUCUAGUUGGCGCGACUCUGAGAUCCGUUCUCGAUGGACCUUCCUUGAUGAUCGUCGCAGUGGAGGGAACUACAACCCGUGGCCGAGAGUUGUCCCAAACGGAACUCGAGACUGUUUUAGACGCAUGCAAAAUGAUGCUAUCGCUUGAUAGAGCUAAGGGGAUCCUAACCGACUAUGUUCAAUCGCGAAUGAAUGUCUUUGCUCCGAAUCUAACGGUCCUCAUUGGAUCCCUCACUGCUGCACAGCUUCUAAAUUAUGCUGGAGGUCUUACAGGGCUUGCGAAGACGCCUUCCUGUAAUAUUCCGCCUUUGGGAUCAAAAAAACAAACAGGGACUGGCUUUGCAACUAAUGUUGGGGUGAGACACCAAGGGUUUCUGUACCACUCACCGAUCAUCCAGGAAAUCCCGAACGACCUGAAGCGGCAAGCGAUGCGUAUCGUAUCCGCCAAAGUGGUUUUGGCCGCUAGAGUCGACCGAGUGCAUAGUAGCCCCGAUGGAUCCACAGGAGAAGAACUGAAGCAAGCGUGUUUGGAUCGGCUUGAGAAAUUAACCGAGCCCCCUCCAAACAAGGGUCCACGUGCCCUACCUGCACCUGAUGAUAAACCGUCUAGAAAACGUGGCGGACGAAGAGCACGAAAGGCGAAGGAAGCGACCGCGAUGACAGAGAUCCGCAAAGCACAGAAUCGUAUGGCGUUUGGGAAAGAAGAAAAGGAAAUCGGAUAUGGUACUGGAGAGGGUACGAAAGGCUUGGGUAUGCUUGGUCAGGAGGAUCAUGGCCGGAUACGUGCAAGCCAAAUCGACCAACGAACCAAGGCUAAGCUCAGUAAAUCCAAUAAGGGAUGGGGGGCUGCGACUCCUAUCGGGGGAACUGCUUCUUCACUGCGAGGCUUUGGACAAGGCGCCGGAAAUGCAACAGUAUUACGAGCACAGGGACUCCGUACUGCUGGCGUUGGGCCGUCUCUUGGUGCCGGUGCCGGAAUAGCCAGCUCGAUCGCCUUUACCCCAGUCCAAGGUUUAGAGCUGGUCGAUCCUAAGGCUCAAGCUGAGCUUAAUAGGAAGCGGAAGGCGGAGGAGGAUAGAUGGUUUAAGAGCGGGACAUUUACACAAGUUGGGAACCAAAACAAUGGAGGUAACUCUAGUGGAGGAUUUAAAGUUCCGGAAUUGCCGCGGAAACGGGUUGAUACUGGUGAUACUAAGAUGCCGCCGCCGCCCCCUCCGACAAACAAAUAACCUUAGCUCAUUAUGACCUCUCUCCUGACUUUUGUGUAUCAUUACUUAGUUGCUUGUUCUUCCUUCACGGUUGCUCUGGGAAUAUAAGGUGGGGAUGGCGCAUUAUUCAUGUCACUGUUUGGGAUGCACAGUGUGAUACCAGGCGUUAUUCUUGUCAAAAAAAAUAUUAUGUUUAUACAGAAAGAGUUUGAUGUACUGUAUACGAAACUUCCUGAGAGGGAAAAAAAAAAACAUAAUUUUUUUCAAUCUGAAAUUGGAUGUGUGCGCUUGAAGUCGCCAGAAAAAAAAGCCCAAAAGCAAUAAAAAAGCCUGGAGGUUUUAAGAUGGCGCAUCCAGGUGCUGCUCUACUCCAAUACAUGGGUGUUUAUAUGUGUAGCAAGGAUGACGAGGUCAAGCACAGCGAGCGACACAUCCCGUCACUGUCCCUCUCUCCAUUCCUAGAUAGGUAUCAUUUCCCAGGUUCGAAUGUCGACUGACUUGAUUUACAGACCCUCCGCCCCCCCUUCGGAGGUCAAAAACUGGGAUCCCA